GUGAUGCGUCUGAAAUGCGGAAGGAAGGGCCUGUCAAAUAUGUACACAAACUACCCGGAGCGUAAGCAGAAGCAAAAGACAGCUUAUGGACAUAAUGUUGACACCAGCAGGACCAUAAGAUGCAAACAAGAUGCAUGUAGCGUUGUCAUAAAAGAGAACGCCAGAGUGUCCAAAUGAAGGCCUUGCUCAUCACCACCGAGAGUGCCGAGGUCCUCUUCCACUGGACCGACCCGGAGUUCCAGCAGAACAUCCAGGAGCAGUAUGCAGCGUCUCAGGAAGAAGGCCACGGGUUGCCAGCCUUUGAAGACAGCAUCAACACCUUGUUUGCACCCAUCAUCAUCUCCUGCAGCUCCAUGGUGGACAGGCUAGGCGACAGCUACACAUGCUUCACCACAGAGAACAACCACAUCUAUGUGCUCCACCAGUUUGAUGAGUGCCUCUACAUCGCUGUGAAUGGAGACGGUGAAGAGGAAGAAGAUGAUCUGAGGAGGAAGAUCUACGUGAUGAAGAAGAUGAUCGAAGUGCUCUUCGGAAUGGUCACCCUCAGUGGCAGCCUGCUCAGGAGAGAGCUGCGUCCUCAAGACACGGAGCAUAGAGCUCGUCUGUGGAAACAUCUACAGGGCCUGCUGGACACCUACAGCCAUCUCAGAGGGAAUGACCAGAGCUUCUUAGUGGAGGCGGUGGAGAGGCUGAUCCACCCCACGCUGUGCGAGCAGUGCAUUGAGUUCCUAGAGAGGCGUUUAGUCCAGCAUCUUAACAGCAGCGUGGAGAGAGCUGGAGAGGACGUGCAGCAUGCCUUCAUCUUGGUGCACACCAAAUUGUUGGCCUUCUAUUCCAGUCGCAGUGCGAGCACACUUGCCACUUCAGACCUUUUGGCCCUCAUCAUCAUGGCACAGAAUAUGUAUCCUAGCAACAUGGACCUGGAUGACCAUGGAUCUGAAGAUGUUGAAAGUACAAGCGGCUCUGGUCCAGAGAGUUUUUACACGCCCCAGCCUUCACCUACAGACUCCAGCAGUUCAGAAAAACAAGUGAGAGAAGAAGCUUCUAUAUUUGAGUUUGUGGAUCCAGACAUUCAGAUGGCAGAAGACAGCCUGCACACUCUGGACAUUCCUCCCCCUGACCCCUCCACCCCACGAAGGGUGUUUUUAGAAGUGGCACACAAGGAAGGGCUGUAUCCCAUGAUGCCCCACGCCAUGUACUGUCUACCACUGUGGCCUGGCAUCACACUGGUGUUGCUCACAAAGAUUCCCACCAGUGCCGUGGCCGUGUCUGUGUAUAUGUUCCUGGAGGCCUUUGCCAAGCUGGAGAAGCGUUUAAGUGAAGGCCAGGAAGGAUCCUCCGCCACGAGGAGCCAACCAACAAUACAUGACAUUAGAAGUAAACUGGACAAGUUCAUCAAAGCUCUCUGCUCCAGUGAGAUCCAAUCUGCACAGUUACAAAACGUCUGGAGCGAGUUCAAGUACCGAGCCUUUGCCCGAGGUGGACCAGGCUUCAACAAAGAUCUCAUCCCAUGGUGUAAGAAUAUGAAGACCCAACUGUGCACCAUUUACCGCCAGUGCUUCCUUAGUGACUCUGGACCCGCCGAUGCUGCUCGGAGGCUCUCGCCUGGUCUGCAGGAGCGAGCCCAGACCAUGUUGCAGGAGAAGCUGAUAGACUGGAAAGACUUUCUCCUUGUGAAAAGCAAGCGAAAUAUCACCAUGGUGUCGUACUUGGAAGACUUUCCAGGCCUCAUCCACUUCAUCUGCGUGGACAGAUCCACGGGCCAGAUGAUCGCUCCUUCACUCAGCGUCACAGAGCGUACAACAUCAGAGCUGGGCAAAGGAGCUGUGGCUCAGUUUAUCAAAAGCAAGGUGUGGAGGCUUGUGAGCACAGCGCGGCGCUAUCUCCAAAAAGGUUAUUCCACUGUCACGCUGCGAGAUGGAGACUUCUAUUUCUGCUACUUCCUCUGGUUUGAAAACGAAACUGGCUACAAGUUGGAGGCGGUGGAAAUGCCAGUCCUACCUGAUGACUCCGCCCCCAUUGGGAUGAUCGCCUGGGACUACUACAGGAAGCUGCUGCGCUACUACAGUAAGAGCCACCAGGGCGAGGUGGUGAAGUGUUAUGAGCUGCUGACAGUCCACCUGGGCGUCAUCCCCACUGAGAUCAUCCUGCAGCACUGCAGACAACUGGCCAGCAAGCUGUGGGAACCCUCUCGUAAUCCACUCCUAUAGACAUUUAUAGAAUAUUUCCUCUAGAAUACAUUUUCUUCACAAUUUCUUAUUUAUUUUUUUAUGUUAUAUCUGCCACCAACAGGUUAUAUGACUAAUUUCACCAAACACAUUUACUCCUAUUAUAUGAAUGAAAGAUGUAGUAUACAUCUGCCACAACAUUAGGUACACUUGUCCAAUGAGAUCCAAUACAAGAGCUGUAUCAACAAACAUCACAAUGCCAUAUAACAAUAUGUUUAUUAUGUAGUUUGCAGUGGUGUCGAACUGCACAACAUACUGUUUCUAAUAUUUUGACAACCUUAUUUAGCACCAUAAGGGGGCAAAACAUUAGGAACAGCUCUCAAUAAUGAACUUGUAAAAAGUGUUAAAUGAAUACAUGUGUCAAACAGAACUGCACAUUAUCUUUGUAAAGGCUAGGGGUGUCACGAUAGUAAAUAAAUAAAUUAAUCACACAAUAAAUGAAAAUGAACUCCAUAAUUUUGCC